AUGGCUGCUCCUUCAACGGUCCUUCGACGCAGCCAGGGCAAGUCGAAGAACGGCUGCAAGACAUGCGUUGGCAGGAGAAUCAGGUGCGAUCAGGCUAAGCCAGCGUGCCAGAAGUGCACACGCAGUGGGCGGGAAUGCAUCUACGCGAGCGUCCCGGGAGAGGCACUCUCAGAGCACGCGACCUCGAUGGCAUGGCUCGACGACAUUGACGGCUCUUGCCAAGCAUGGAGGGACACGGGAGAGACCCCUUUCCCUAUACUGAUGGUUCCGUCAUCGCUCGACUGGCAUGGCCUUGAUGCCCGCGGCCUUCGAUACUUCUAUUACAUCGCCUCGCUCGGGGACGUGCUGGACCGGAACAACAGUCGGCAUUUCUGCCUCUGGUGGAUGGGCUAUGACCUAGGCCUCCAAAUGGCAGCGAGUAUCGACUACGUCGCGUACGCCCAUAUCCUCGUGGCGGCCAAUCGACUCGGCAGGGUGACAAAACUGGCCAGCGUCAUGGAGGAUGCACAACACUACCAGGGGCUGGCGAUCAAGGGUUUACGACGCGCACUCGCCUCGUUCUCGAAAGAAAACGCCGACGCCGUCCUUGGAGCAUCCAUCUCGCUGAUGAAUCAGCAGCAAACCCCGGCUGAAUGGCAGAGAGUCACGCAGGGCACGGCAGCCGUGAUCAAGGCCAUGGGACCAGCAUGGAUCAAGACUUCCUCGCACUGGCCGGUCCUCAAACACAUCUACCACGCCACGGAAUCCACCACUGUCGUGAAGAGCGAGCCAUCCGCCGACCCGAAGACCACGUGUCCCAUGGUAACCGUCCAGUCUGUCGGAGCUGCGGUCGAGUUCCUACUCGACCAAGGCGUGACCGCGCUCAACCGACUCGCGACAUGCACGAGGGCCCGCAAAGAGCUCUGCACAACGGCGCGGGGUCUGGCGGACAUGCUCCGCCUGGCCCACGCGAAGCACCAAGCCGGCCAGAAGCACGACCCGUUCUGGCUGGCCCAUCCUUUCUGCGAACUCACCAACCGGGAAGCCAUAUCCUUCACGGACAUCCAUGCUUCGAAUCCCUUUGUCCUCGUCAUCCUGGCACACAUGUACAGCGCGCUGGUCGUCCUGUCGAUGCUGUACCCUGAGCUCGACACCGCAUGGUUCAUUGGCAUUCGUCUACACUCGCUGGACGGACUGGCGCGGUACUUCCGAACCGUCGCGGCGAUCGACUGCGAAGUCUGCCGCGAGGCGCACAAUAGUCACGAACUGCUGGCCUUCCCCUGCAAUGCAAUGCAAGCGUACCGACAGUGGCGGAGGGAUCAGCACUCCGUGUUGUCGCAAGAGGGUCACUGCGAGUCAUUGGUGGGAGUGGACCACAAGCAGAGCAUCUCAGCUCCGGUGUGGAAAUGCCAUCCAUAA